CCGUCCAGAUGUGUCAUUUUUCGAGCAUCGGCUCCAUCUAGUCCCGUCUCCCAUCAUCAUCAUGCUGUUUGCAAACCAGGACUAUGUGUGAGAACGACUGUGUUUCUGGGUUCACACCGAUGAAGGCGUUGUCUUCUUAGACUCAAGCUCGCAACGAAUUCACGAUGGGAAUCGUGGUCUUACCGACGGGCAACAUGUCCCUCGUUUCGUUGACUUUGGCGCUGCUCGCCGUCGUCUCCUGCGCCCCUCUGGUCAGUGGGAACGAGGACUGUCUGUGGUACGUGGACAAAAACGGCACCUGGCACAACGGCUUCGACUGUCCUCUCAUCACGUUCUGCUGCGGGAACUGCCACCGGCGCUACUGCUGUCUGGAUACCUUCAAAAUGAUCACGGAGCGAGAGCAGAAGCGCUGCAUGCUCUUCCAGUUCAGCCCUACCACUAUAGCUGGCAUUGCCUCUUCCAUUCUGCUGUUUGUGGCCAUCAUUGCAACCAUGGUUUGUUGCUUCAUGUGUUCCUGCUGUUACCUCUACCAGAGAAGGCAGCAGAGGGGCAGGACACCUUAUGAUGCCCAGCAGAUUCCCAUGGUCAGCUACCCAGUGGAGCCCAUGUAUGAUGCUUAUGGAAAGCCUCUCGGACCCGCUGGUUAUCCUUUGGCUCCCCAGUACCCUGGCAUGCCCGCACAGUACCCCAUGAUGCAGCCAGGACCUUACCCGCACCACAUGGAGCCUGCGUACAGCCAGGCCCCACCACCUUACUCUCCACCUCAGUAUCCUGGUCAGUGAUGCGUUCGUCUCAACACAAACCGUGAGCGAAAAGACUGAUUCAAAAGAAAGUGGCAGCAAACCUCUCUCUCUCACACACACACACACACACACACACACACAGUCUAACACACACACCAUUUAAAUAAAACUACAGCUCAAGUUGGAUUGGUUUUCCUGUGAAGGAGAACAGGAAGCACUUUAACUUCUUUUUUUUUCUCUCCUUGCUGUUGUUUUUUUGUAGCAUUGUCCUACUUUUCCUCAGUAAUGUAAGUCAAACUCUGACUCCUGACGUUUGAUUGCUCCGUGCUGCUUUCACAGCGGGCGUCAUCCUUUUAAGUGAGCAGGUAUCUGUGUCUAGACGCUUCCACUUUUCCUCUGACUCACUCGUUUCAAUGACAGACUGUCACAGAAGACACCUCUCAUCAGCAUACAAAGAAAAUAUUGAGGAUGUACAAAAAAAAAACUCGAUGCACUCCUGUUUUUUGUCGAAGGGACUAAUGCUUUUCUUCCUAAUGUUUAAGUUAAAAGAAACUGAUAACUGCCUCUUACUACAUUCAUAGUAUUUCCCUCAGUGGUCCAAACCCUGAAGUUUUGCUAACUUGGUCUUCAUGUACUUGAUGUUUGUUUUGCUUUCCCCCCCGAGGUUCAGUUGCAUGUUUUGAUAAAAAUAUUGACGUGUUUGGAUCAAAACCAGAUGAUGCCAAUUAUCUGGAUUUCUAAGUUCUGUGUGAAAAACUUUUUGUCACCCGUUAGUUAGAACCACAUUUUUAGUUGCGCCCUUCUCAUAAACCACCUGUGUCCUGCUCGCUUUUAUCAGCCUCUUCAGCUGUUUUUUUAUUUUAUUGUAUUUUAUUUUUAUUUUUCUGGAAGUGAACUAAAACCUAAACACUAUUCUUAAUGCACACUGUCAGGUUGGAUGACCAGAAAUGUCAAGUUUUAUUUUUUUGGUAGAUUUAGUAAAUCCAUAUCCCACCUUACAAAAAAAAUAAGAGAUUAUCUAUUUAAAUACACGUGCUGCAAAUCUGGUUCUCAGUUUAAUAUGAAUUAAUGUUGUAACAAAUUGUUUUAUUGCAGUGUGUUGUUAUUGUAACAUGGAAUCAGAUUUGUUUACUUUGUCUCAUUCCUUAUUUAUAAUUACGGUGGUCAUGUCUUACUGUGAAUGGUAUCUUACCGACUGGACUAAUAUGACCACCGUUUUAAUUUUUUUUUUUUUUUUUUUUUUUUUUUUUUUUUUUUUUUUUUUUUUUUUUUUUUUUUUUUUUUUUUUUUUUUUUUUUUUUUUUGGAAUUCUAUUUACUUGUCUACUUAUUUGCUUAAAACAUAUAUCUUCUUUUUAAUUAAGAUGCUGAAAACUUUUUCUAAAGAAUAAAGUGAGAAGUAGUAGACGCAAAUGAUGAUGAAGUUGCAGUGGCUCUAAAAUGCUAAGUUUAAAAUAGCCAGAAAACAGUAAAGGAGGAAAAUUUUACUUUGGACUGAGAGAUCCACUGAUCUCUUGGCCAUCUGGUCACCUUUUUCUAGCCAAGCUCAUCAGGAGAGAAAAAAAGGGGCAGAAAUAAGACAAACCACAUAGACGCAGAGACUUCUAAAUAAAGGUUGAAGUCUCGCUGAAACUGACGCACAGAACAGAUUAUUUGUAAAUUGAAGCAAUAGCAGCAUCAACUUUAAAAAAAUAGAACAAGUAAUAUAAAAGACAAAGAAACAUAACUGUGGUGCCUUUAGUAAACAGCAUUUCCCAUGUGCAGAAAGAGGUAGAGGAAUAGUUGUCUCUUAACUUUUUUAACCUUUUAUUAUGAAAGCUACUUUUUUUUUUUUUUAUGAUUUUUUGUGAACUUUGUUUCCUUCAGACAUCGAUCCUGUUUUCAGUAUCUGAACUAAGCUCAUUAGUGUUAUUUUCUGGAGCAGGUAACGUUUGUUUCCUCAGUGGACGGAGGUCAGUCUGCUCUGAUGGCACCUGCUUCAACCUAAACCAGAUCCUUUAUUGACCCUGUUGUCUGAUAUUAAGUGGACAGUGUAGUCUUCUCAUAUAGCUGAAGUUUUGUCAACAAAAAAGCAAGCGUGUGGAUUUCCCCAAGUGUGAAUCUGUUUUUUAGGUUCUUUGCAGAUUUUAUCUAUUUGAAGGCUGACAGGAAUUUUGCACUGAGCUGUUUCUAAUGUCACAGGUUAUCCACCGUACAUUCUUUACCUUCUAUCAUGUGGAUUCAACAAUUGCUACAUGGCGUUUAUUUAAAAAAACUGCUCAGUAUGUUCUAACAUUAAACCUCCCAAUGACUCAAACAAGCUAUUAAUACUCUUUACAAUGUAAAUGAUUUACUCCCAUGUCCACUUGGACAGAUUUGUUGAGAGUUUGUAAAGCAGAACGCCGGUACGACACUUCCAUGUGUAAUUUAUUAUGAUGUUUUCUCAACAACGUUCCUGUUUUUCCUGCUUCUAAACCAAUUCCAUUGUGUUUUAUUGAAACUGACAGUUGGUGCAAAUGUAACAUGUGACAUGUGUCUGUUGUCAUAUGGAUGGCAUGACAUUGUAAUUAUAAAGUGUGGGGACCAGAAAUGAUUUCUAAUAACAUAAAAUUUACCUUUGGAAUGUAAA